AUGUCGCACAACGCUCCCAUCGCCCAGCAGUCCAAUGUUGCUGCCGAGCAAGUCACAGGAGAGGUGCAACCUGCAUCCGAAGCACCCAAGGCAGCUCCCGCUGCCAUUCCCAAUUUCCAGGGAGGUGCAGACGCUGCGCCUAUCAGUUCCGCGGGCACCUGGGGCGAGAGCCAGCGCGGCAGACCCGUCGAUCCAGCUCGCGCCCGCGAAGACUUUGAGCUAGCUCGUCUAGCCAGUCGUCAGCGAAGCACUACAUCGCGCGACCCAUCCUUUGCUGGCGGUGGGACGAUCGCUCAAAUAAUAUCUGGUUCCAGUCGUCGAGCCAAGAAUGCCGAGAAGGCGAUCGAAGAGGGUUCAGGGACUGACAGCGAAAAGGCGGACGCCAAGGCGCACUUGGCCGCCUCGGAUGAAGACUUUGAUCUGGGCGCUUGGAUACAGAGUCGAUUUGCGCAACAGCAACGGCAAGGCGUCAACAGCAAGAAGCCACUCGGCCUCUCUUGGCGUGACGUGUCCAUCAGCGCGCCUGGUGCCGGUGGCGGUGGAAUCUUUGUCAAGACUGUCCCACAAGCCAUCAUCAGCACUGCAACGAGCGAUCCCCUCGGCAUUUUGGCAAAGCUCCUUCCUGGAUUUGGGAAGCUGUUGAGCAAAGCGAGCGGCUUGCAGCAGUCACCACUGCUUCAUCCCACAUCCGGCGUCCUGCGAUCUGGCGAGAUGGUCCUGGUCAUUGGCCGUCCUGGCAGCGGGUGCACCACAUUCCUCAAGGCCCUCACUUCAUCGAGCGAUUCGAACGUGUCUCAAGGAGGAAGUAUAUCUUACUCUGGCCUUUCUCCCGCCGAGAUCAACAAGAGGUACCGUGGUGAGGUCGUCUUCUCUGGAGAGGUGAGUUGA